AUGGCCGCCUUGCUCCUGCGAAGCACAACCGGUGGCAUUCGUUGCUUGACAAAGGGUCCGGCCUUUAUCAGCACUACCACCACAACUACUAUCUCGUCCAGACUUGGCUUCUCUCGUCUCACCAAACUCCGCCGGUCUUAUAGCACAACCAUCAGCCAAGAUCUGUUGAACAAAAAGGUUCAGGUCUAUCAGUCAACUUCCAAUGACCCAUACCUGAACCUCUCCAUCGAGCACCACCUUCUCCAACAUUCACACCCAGACUCUUACGUCCUCUUUCUCUACAUCAAUGACCCCUGCGUCGUCAUUGGACGUAACCAAAACCCAUGGCUUGAAGUCAACUUGCCUGCCCUGCAAGAAACAGAGGACAUUAAACUGGUCCGUCGCCGUUCCGGUGGAGGCACCGUCUUUCAUGACCAUGGCAAUGUGAACUGGAGCGUCAUCUGCCCACCUGCUGUCUUCGACCGAGACAGGCAUGCCGAGAUGGUUGUCCGCGCGCUCAAGGACCUGGGAGUUACCACCGCCAAGGUCAACGAGCGUCACGACAUUGUUAUUGCCGGUGACGGAAGGGGCAAUGGAAAGGAUGUCUUCAAGGUAUCCGGGUCCGCCUACAAGCUUACCAGGUUGAGGUCACUUCACCAUGGCACAUGUUUGCUCAACUCCCCGCAGUUGAAAAACAUUGGCAAGUUCCUGAGAAGUCCCGGUGAGCCGUAUAUCAAGGCCAGGGGCGUGGAGAGUGUGAGAUCGCCGAUUCGGAAUGUUGAUGUCGACACGCAGGAGUUUAACAAGCGCGUUGUGGACGAGUUCCUCGCCAUGUACGAAGAGCAGUUUGGUGAAGAUGUAACAGUAGAGCGUGUUGGGGAGGACUUGAAGGACAUGAGCAAUAUCCGCAAGGGCAUGGACGAGUUGACGUCUAUUCCUUGGAUAUACGGCCAGACACCCCAGUUCACCUUCUCUUCUCGUCCAACUGAAGAUGACCCAAGGGAACGCCCGCCGCUUGACCUUGACGUACAGUCAGAUUUCAACAUCGAGUUCACUCUCCGCCAUGGUGAGAUCCAGACCGCCAAUGUUUCUGGUCUCAAAUACGAAGGUCCCGCUACAGACAAGGAUUUCUACGACGGAAUGAUCAGCAAAGCCCUGGCCAAGGGUUCAGACGAUGAGAGUGCAGUAAAACUGUACGAGAUCAAGGACUGGGCCGCAGUUCUCAAAUCGGCUACCGCCGGGCAGGGGCUCAAGGUGUCGGAUUCUUCUCUGAACAGCCUAUCUGAGUGGUUGAACAAGGUGUUUCCUGGGAGUCACUUCCGAUGA